UGAAUGAGUCGUAGACAUGGUGCUGCAGAACAGCGGGAAGCUCAGAGCUGAGAGACGGCCGGUAGCCGACACCAGCAAUUCUGAGGAUGGCUCCUCCCUUCCUGCACUCAAGCGCCUGGAGCGCAGUCAGUGGACAGAUGAGAUGGAUGCACGAUUUGGGUUUGACCGUCUCAAAGAUCCAGGCGAGAAGACUGGUUGGCUUAUCAACAUGCACCCAGCAGAACUCCUGGAUGAAGACAAGAGAUUGAUCAGUGCUGUGGAUUAUUAUUUUAUUGAAGAGGAUGGGAGCAGAUUCAAGGUUGCUCUACCUUUUGAACCCUAUUUCUAUGUCGCAACAAAAAAGGGCUGUGAACGAGAGGUUUCAUCAUUCUUGUCCAAAAAAUUUCAAGGCAAAAUAAGUAAAAUAUCAACCAUUCCAAAAGAGGAUUUGGAUCUGCCUAACCACUUGGUUGGCUUGAAGAGACUCUACGUUAAACUCGCUUUUAAUACAGUUGAUGACCUGAUAAAAGUACGAAAGGAGAUUUCCACAGCUGUUAAGAAAAAUAAAGAAAGAGAGAAAUCAAAUGAUGCCUAUACUGUCAUGUUAUCCAGUGCCUUGGCUGGGGGCAAUGUGACUGAAGAGGAAGGAACAUCCAAAAAAAUUUCUGAUCAAAUGGAAAACAUAAUUGACAUCCGAGAAUAUGAUGUCCCCUAUCACGUUCGAGUAUCUAUUGAUUUGAAGAUUCAAGUGGCGCAUUGGUACAAUAUACGAAUUCGGGGUGGUGCCUAUCCUCCUGAGAUUAUACGUAGGGAUGACUUGGUUGAGCGACCA